GGCGCGGCGGCGGCGGCGGCGGCGGCCGCGGCUGCUGCUGCUGCGGCGGCGGCGGUGGUGGCGGCGGUGGGGUGGCGGGAGCGGAGCGGCAUGGCCACGGCGGCUUCUAACCCCUACCUGCCGGGGAACAGCCUGCUGGCGGCCGGCUCCAUUGUACACUCGGACGCGGCGGGAGCCGGCGGCGGCGGGGGCGGCGGCGGCGGGGGCGGCGGCGGCGGCGCGGGCGGCGGCGGGGGCGGCAUGCAGCCCGGCAGCGCCGCCGUGACCUCAGGCGCCUACCGAGGGGACCCGUCCUCCGUCAAGAUGGUCCAGAGCGACUUCAUGCAGGGGGCCAUGGCCGCCAGUAACGGCGGCCAUAUGCUAAGCCACGCGCAUCAGUGGGUCACGGCCCUACCCCACGCCGCCGCCGCCGCCGCCGCCGCUGCCGCCGCCGCCGUGGAGGCCAGCUCGCCGUGGUCCGGCAGCGCCGUGGGCAUGGCCGGCAGCCCCCAGCAACCGCCGCAGCCGCCGCCGCCGCCGCCGCCGCAGGGCCCCGACGUGAAGGGCGGCUCCGGUCGCGACGACCUGCACGCGGGCACCGCGCUGCACCACCGCGGGCCGCCGCACCUCGGGCCCCCGCCGCCGCCCCCGCACCAGGGCCACCCGGGGGGCUGGGGGGCCGCCGCCGCCGCAGCCGCCGCCGCCGCCGCCGCCGCAGCCGCCGCACACCUCCCGUCCAUGGCCGGGGGCCAGCAGCCGCCGCCGCAGAGUCUGCUCUACUCGCAGCCCGGGGGCUUCACGGUGAACGGCAUGCUGAGCGCGCCCCCGGGCCCGGGCGGCGGCGGCGGCGGCGCGGGCGGCGGCGCCCAGAGCCUGGUGCACCCGGGGCUGGUGCGCGGGGACACGCCCGAGCUGGCAGAGCACCACCACCACCACCACCACCACGGGCACCCGCACCCGCCGCACCCGCACCACGCGCAGGGGCCUCCGCACCACGGCGGCGGCGGCGCGGGGCCCGGGCUCAACAGUCACGACCCGCACUCGGACGAGGACACACCGACGUCGGACGACCUGGAGCAGUUCGCCAAGCAGUUCAAGCAGCGGCGCAUUAAACUCGGCUUCACGCAGGCCGACGUGGGGCUCGCUCUGGGCACUCUGUACGGCAACGUGUUCUCGCAAACCACCAUCUGCCGCUUCGAGGCCCUGCAGCUGAGCUUCAAGAACAUGUGCAAGCUCAAGCCGCUGCUGAACAAGUGGCUGGAGGAGGCGGACUCGAGCACCGGCAGCCCCACGAGCAUCGACAAGAUCGCGGCGCAGGGCCGCAAGCGCAAGAAGCGGACCUCCAUAGAGGUGAGCGUCAAGGGCGCGCUCGAGAGCCACUUCCUCAAGUGCCCCAAGCCCUCCGCGCAGGAGAUCACCAACCUGGCCGACAGCCUGCAGCUGGAGAAGGAGGUGGUGCGGGUCUGGUUCUGCAACCGGCGCCAAAAGGAGAAGCGCAUGACGCCGCCCGGGAUCCAACAGCAGACGCCCGACGACGUCUACUCGCAGGUGGGCACCGUGAGCGCCGACACGCCGCCGCCGCACCACGGACUGCAGACGAGCGUGCAGUGAAGGCAAGGGGCGCAGCGCGAAGAGGGCCGCCGCCGCCGCCGCCGCCGCCGCCUCCGCAGCCGCUGUCAGCACCGCCGCCAACCCCCGCCGCCGCCGCCGCCGCCGCCGCCGCCGCGCCGACCCGCACCGGGGCCGCACCGGGCCCAGGCCAGUCCGCCGCCCUCCCCUCCGCCCAAAGACAAACAUGCCCGCCCUUGGAGGAAAGAGAGAGAGAGAGAGAGAGAGAGAGAGAGAGAGAGAGAGAGAGACGGACCAAGAAGACAUUUCUGAAGUCCAAGGAAGGAGGGGCAAAACACAAAACAAAAGCGUAACAAAUACCCAGACUGUUUUAUAUACGUAUAUAUAACAAACAAAACCGGAAGAGAAAAAGGAGGCGAUCAUGAGAUCUCGUUUAUACUGUGGUGGUGUUUCCUUUUUGUUUUUCUGUUUUCUUUUUAAAGAAGGGUGAAGAUGCCUAGCGCACCAAAACUGCACUCGUGAGGUUUUCCCCACCCUAGGAAGUCCUACAUGGCAACAGUGGACAGCACCUAGCACCUGCCUCGUCCUCGCCUCUUAAAAAAAAAAAAAAAAAAAAAAAAAAAAAAAAAAGCAGCUCCCCCCACCGCCCCCGCUCUCCUUUUCACUCCCCCCAUCCAAAGGGCUGACUAAAGUGAUCUACCGAAACUUUCUUUCCUGGGAGCGACGUGCAAGAAAGCAGAGGCACCCUGUUUUAGUUGGCCAUGUUAAAGUCAUUUGGGGACAAAUGGACUAUGAAAUAGGAAGGAGAAAACAAAGAACAGUCUUCAGGAAAAAAAAAAAAAAAAGAAAGCAAGCAAGAAAGAAAAUAUUCACAGCUUUUGAAAUUAACAGACUGAAUAGCAAAGCCAAAAGAAAAAGUCUUCUCAAAGUAACCUUGGAAAUAAAGCAUCACGAAAGAGCAGAGGGAUGGGCGAGGGAGAAGGGGACGGCUACCCAGGAGUGGGGGAGGCCAGGCUGAGUCGGGCAGGGCGGGUGGACUGGGCUAGGAGCAAGGCCCCGCCACCAGCCCCGGCUUUAACGGCGGGCACUCGGGUGGAUGAGGCCUAAAGAUUCCACCGCGAAUAUUUUUUUUAUUAAUAUUUUUAUUUUUUAUUUCUGGACUGACUCAGAUAAAGAGAUUUAGAAGGACUGAGCACCAGCCGCUGCACUCCUCUGGACUUCUCUCCUCAAUCCGUUGCCAACUUUGAUUGAAUGGGUGCUGUGGAUGUGAUUAUAUAAUACUGCCAUUUCCAAGCAGUGUUUUUGGUAGGUUUUAAUAAACAGACUUUUCAAAAGACGGCAAUAUAGAAUUGUUAGAUCCGUUGUUGAUCUAAAAAUAUUUGCUUUAUAUUUUCAUUAAAUGACUUCUUUUAAUAUUUUAUUCAGAAUACUUAUGAACUGCUGCAAAACGGUAAUUUAUUUUUCCCCAGAUCUUGUAUUACGUGUUUUUUUCAGACGAGCACAAAUCAAAAUGAAAUGAAAAUAUGGACAGUUGCUAGGUAGUAAGGGUAUCUUUUGAUGUGAUCAUUUGAUUGUAAUUUAAUUUGAGUAGUGAUUCCGUAAGAGCUGAUCGAGAAAAUAAAUUUGUUAGAAUGAAAUAGUCUGUGUCUGAUGCAUACACACUAUGUGGGAAGAAAAGAGUUCUUUAGGAAAUAUUUUUUUACUAAUGCAAAUCCUUAAGUGGUAGCACUGAGGAAGCAGAGCCUGCUCCACGAAAUACGGAGUAAGGGACAGACGUGACAGAAACUGCUAGUACUUUAACAUAGUUGUCACUCCUCGUUAAUCCAUAAAUUUCACAACAUUUUUCUCUCCCUUGGUUUUAGUGGGUGUUUUUAGUGUUUUUAGGUGAGAUUGUCUAAAUACUAGUUCUUUUCUCGGAGAUACCUGUGUCCUUUAUCAUCUUGACCAGAAGAUUGGACUACAUCACCAGUAAAAAUGUGCCAACUGGUUAUUAAUGGCUAAUACAUAGCUCCCCCCCACCCACCCACCCAAGUUCACCCUCUCUUUUCCCUCCCUUCCCCCCACCAUAUUGCUAGGUCUCUUUCCUCUUUUUCUGAAGGCUAGUAGUUGUAAAGAAUAGCUUACAAGUCUAUAAGAUAUUUUUAUAUUAAUCACUUCCCAUUAAUAACUAUAUGAAGUUCAGUUUAAAUUAUUAGGCUGUUUUGGGUUUUCUGUUUCGUUUUAGUUGUUUUCCUUGUACUGAAAGAAUGUAGUUCUAAAAUCCUGAUUAGGGUCCACACUGCAUUACCCCCAGUGUGAUUACCAGCUCAGACUUUCUAUGUCCCUGUCUUUCCCCAGUAUGAUUCCAUAUCUACUUUACUGGUGCUGGGGGGUUGAGCUUUUUUUGAUCACUCCUCAGAUACACCAUGCAGAGCGGUCACAUUUAUCAAGUCAAUGUAUCAAUAUUUACCAUGUGGGAAAAUGAAAGUGUAAUGCCUCAGGUUGUGAGUCCUACCGAUGCAAAAGGCUCUGCUCAGUUGAGUCCCUUCGUCUUGUACUUAAAAAAAGUAUUUGGGAGUGACACAGCAAUGAUUUUAUGGAUUAAUUUCCUCCUAAUCUCAUUUAGCUGUCACUCACUCUUUGCCUUCUCUCAUCUUCCUCUCUCUUCCUCUGAUAUCGAUGCAGGGGUUAAAAAACCCGGAAAACUGUGAGAGCAACAGGAACAGUUAUUUCUUCCAGACAGACCCUGUGUCAUUUUCAUAAAUCAAGCCCAGCCAGAUGGCCGUGUAUUGGGUUGCAUUAUUUUAAGCACCAAAUCGUACUAAAAAUCACAAUCAUUUUGAUUUGUGAAAUCUGAAAAAGGCCACAUUUAUUAAACAGAGAGAAGGAAAAAAAUGAAAACAAGAAACCACAAUUUACUUUCCUUUGCCUUCAUGUCUCCUCCUUCUCUUGCUAUUGUAAUCUCUCUGCCCAGCAAAUUUACAACCUGGAGGGGGGGUCGGGGGUGGGGACAAACUUUAUCAUUUUCUGAGGGUCUGCAGGGGCAAGCAAAACAGGCCUCCUGAGAAAGCUGAGGAUUGGGUGUGGUUGUUUUUAUAUGGUGAAUACUACUGGCACGUGAGAUGAAAUCCUAUUUUCCCUACAGGAAUGGUAGUGGUUGAUUAGACAGAGAAUAGGUCUAUUUAAAAUUUUAGGAGGUAUUUGCUUACUUGAUUUGGCUGACAACAAAAGAGCUAACAUUAGAUUUCACACUGUUUUCUAUUAAAAAGCAACCUUUUUUGCUGAUUACUUUGGAAGGAGCCCCAGAUUUAAGGGUAGCAGAGUAACUUUUCAUUGGCGAAGAAGAGAAAGCAAGCCCAUUUUAUUUCAUCAUUUUGCAUUUUUUACAGUGAGCUCAUGCUUGCACUCCAUAUUU